GGCCGGAAAGAUGGCGCCACCCAGCCCCCGCGAGCCCAAGGACCAGGCGGCGCCCAGCGCAUCCAAACCCGCCGGCGAGAUGGUGCUGCCGGGCUUCCCGGACGCGGACAGCUUCGUGAAGUUUGCUCUUGGGUCGGUGGUAGCAGUCACCAAGGCAUCUGGGGGCCUACCACAGUUCGGUGACGAGUAUGACUUUUACCGAAGUUUUCCUGGCUUCCAGGCAUUUUGUGAAACACAGGGAGACAGGUUGCUUCAGUGCAUGAGUAGGGUAAUGCAGUAUCAUGGAUGUCGCAGCAACAUUAAAGACCGAAGUAAAGCGACUGAGUUGGAGGACAAGUUCGACCUACUAGUUGACACCAAUGAUGUGAUUCUGGAGAGAGUGGGUAUUUUACUGGAUGAAGCAUCAGGUGUGAAUAAGCAUCAGCAGCCUGUCCUCCCUGCAGGCCUCCAAGUCCCCAAAACUGUAGUGUCCAGCUGGAACCGGAAGGCAGGAGAAUAUGGAAAAAAAGCCAAAUCUGAAACUUUCCGGCUGCUUCAUGCAAAAAAUAUCAUCCGACCUCAGCUCAAGUUUCGAGAGAAGAUUGACAAUUCCAACACACCAUUUCUUCCUAAAAUCUUCAUCAAACCCAAUGCCCAGAAGCCCCUCCCUCAGGUUCUGUCCAAGGAAAGGCGGGAGCGCCCCCAGGACCGGCCUGAGGACUUGGAUGUGCCUCCUGCCCUGGCAGAUUUCAUCCAUCAGCAGCGAACUCAGCAGAUUGAGCAGGAUAUGUUUGCACAUCCUUAUCAGUAUGAACUAGAUCACUUUACUCCACCGGAUUCAGUGCUUCAAAAGCCACAACCCCAGUUCUACAGGCGUGUAGAAGAAACCCCCUGCCACUUUGUGUCCUCCCUGAAUGAACUCGUGGAACUCAACGAGAAGCUCUUGAAUUGUGAAGAAUUUGCUGUAGACUUGGAGCAUCACUCUUACAGAAGCUUCCUAGGACUGACGUGCCUGAUGCAGAUUUCUACCCGCACGGAAGACUUCGUUGUGGAUACCCUGGAGCUUCGCAGCGACAUGUACAUCCUCAAUGAGAGCCUCACAAACCCUGCUAUUGUGAAGGUCUUCCAUGGCGCCGAUUCUGACAUCGAGUGGCUGCAGAAGGACUUUGGGUUGUACGUGGUGAACAUGUUUGAUACCCAUCAGGCCGCACGCCUUCUCAGCCUGGGCAGGCACUCACUCGACCACCUGCUGAGACUCUACUGUGGUGUGGAGUCCAACAAGCAGUACCAGCUGGCAGACUGGAGGAUACGGCCCCUGCCAGAGGAAAUGCUUAGGUACGCCCAAGAUGACACCCACUACUUGCUGUACAUCUAUGACAGGAUGAGGCUGGAGCUAUGGGAACGAGGCAAUGAGCAGCCCACCCAGCUGCAAGUGGUGUGGCAGCGGAGCAGGGACAUCUGCCUCAAGAAAUUCAUCAAACCUAUCUUCACUGAUGAGUCCUAUCUUGAGCUGUACCGGAAGCAAAAAAAGCAUCUCAACUCACAGCAGCUGACAGCUUUCCAGCUGCUAUUUGCCUGGAGGGACAAAACAGCUCGGACUGAGGAUGAGAGCUAUGGAUAUGUCCUGCCAAACCACAUGAUGCUCAAGAUAGCUGAGGAGCUGCCUAAGGAGCCUCAGGGCAUCAUAGCUUGCUGCAACCCAGUACCGCCUCUUGUGCGGCAGCAGAUCAAUGAAAUGCAUCUUCUAAUCCGGCAGGCCCGGGAGAUGCCCCUGCUCAAGUCUGAGACUGCAGCUGGAGUGAAGAAGAGUGGACCACUGCCCAGUGCUGAGAGGCUGGAGAAUGUUCUCUUUGGACCUCAUGACUGCUCUCACACCCCUCCGGAUAGCUACCCAGUCACCCCAACUGCUGGGCCUGUGCCAGCGUGGAAGGAGGUGAGCCUCUUCGCUGACCCAAAAGAGGAGACUCCGCUGGAUCCCCCGUGCCUUCUCGCCACAGCUGUUGUCACCGUAUUUAAUGAACCCAGUGCUGAGGAAAAUGGAAAAGCUCCAUUAACAGUUGCACAGAAAAAGGCCCAGAGCAUCAUGGAGUCCUUUGAAAACCCUUUCCGGAUGUUCCUGCCUUCUCUGGAGCACCGGGCCCACAUCUCCCAGGCAGCAAAGCUUGACCCAUCGUCAAAAAUCUAUGAAAUCAGCAACCGUUGGAAGCUGGCCAGCCAGGUACAAGUACAAACAGAAGCAAAAGAAACUGCCAAGAAGAAGGUAGCUGAGCAAACAGCUACCCGGGAACAGGUGAAGGAAGAAUACAAAGCCACUGCGGAGCAGGCCAUCUCGGUGCGACAGCAGGCCGCGCUAGAAAAUGCCACCAAGAAGAGGGAGCGAACGACAAGUGACCCCAGGACAGUGGAACAGAAACUGGAGAAGAAACGACUCAAGCUUUCCAAGAAGCUCAAGGACUCAGACCCACCAGUGAAAGAGUUCACCCCCUACGACUAUAGCCAGUCAGACUUCAAGGCUUUUGCUGGAGAUGGCAAAUCCAAACCUUCCUUCCAGUUUGACCCAAACACGCAGGCCGCACCUGGCAAGAAACGCAUUGCAGCCAAAAAACUGAAACAGUCAGUGGGGAACAAAAGCAUGUCAUUUCCCACAGGAAAGUCAGACAGAGGCUUCAGGCACAACUGGCCAAAGAGAUAGUGCUGGAAGAGACCUUGGAACCCGGGCACUGGAGGUGCCACUGUGGUGCUGGUUUUGUACAGACUUGUUUUUUUAAAUCAUUAAAACAACCCCUCCUGAAGAAAGCUGGUCCUGGCUUUGCUCUUGCCACCACCACAGCUGUGUCUGGGAGGACAGGCCCCACGCCAGGCAGAUAACCAUCUCCUGCUAAGCUAUGUGUGCAUCCUGGGGACCCCUGGGCUUUCUAGAGAACCCCAGGACCAGCCAGCGGAAUGCAGGAGAGAGGCGCCCGGCCUGCAUUUCAGGGAUUCUGAGGUCCCUGACCUCCACUGCAGCUGUGUGGUGAGUUCCAUGGGGGAAGGAGCUGGGAGCGCCUGGAGCCCACCGGGGCUCACACAGCUUGUUUUCUUCUCUGCUUCUUAUCUC